AUGUUUUCAAAACGAAUUUUAAAAUUUUUCAAAGAACCAAACGACGUUUAUUCUGCAAUUCACCCACUUUUUUACAUGUGUACCUUCUUCGGAUUAGCACCAUACUCUUUAGUACGAGUAGAAAACGGCAAAAAGAUUUUUAAAUUUGCUUGGUGGCCCUUAAUUAGAAACGCACUUUUGGUUUUAAUACUUUUGGGUAGUUUAACGUACCACGCCGUUUUCGAUUUAAAACCAUUUAAAGACAGUGAUUUACAACAGAAAUUGAGGUACUUUGAGGAAAUUUUUUCAAGUUUAUUGUCCUGUUGUUCUGUAAUUUUUGGAUGCAUUUUUGCCUUAAAGGUGAUUGAGAUUUUUAAGAACAUUGAGGAAGUUGAUGUGGCGUUUCGGAGUUUGGCCGUGUGGGUCCCUUACAAGCAAAUGUAUGUCAGUAUUUUAAUACAUUUGGCUACUCUUGUAACAAUUGUAGUAACACUCACCGUCAAUGUUAUAUUUUUUGCUACUUUUGAAUACGGAACUCAAGUCUACUCCUUCUUUAUUAUGUUUAUGACUUGUAUUUUGCCUUAUUUUAUUAAUUUGUUAAUGGAAUUACAAUACUGUCACUACUUGAACAUUCUAAGAGUCAGAUAUAAAUUACUGAAUGAAUAUCUAGAGACACUGGUACAAGAAACUCAAACUCUUAAUGGUAAGUUUAAAAAAAAGGAAAAUAUUUCGAUAAUAAUAAACACAGUUGUUGAGAGUUGGACUGAGGCUCAGGUCAAAACAGUCGCUUCAAAGGCGAAACGAAAGUCGAAAGAAAUUUUUACUUCUGGUAGCAAACUCCCAAAAAGCAUGUUGGCCAUUUCCGACCCCGUUUUUAUAGUCGACCAAGUUGCAGCUCUUCAUAUAAAGCUCACAGACACCGCUCACAUGAUCAACUACGCAUUUUGUGUGCAACAACUUUUAAGAAUCACUGUUACUUUUAUUAGUAUUGUUACAGCACUGUUUUUAGUUGCAAUUAACUUUAACAAGUCUUCAUCUGAGAACAAAAGUCAGUUGGAUUACUUUUUUACUUUUUGGGCUUUCUCCAACGCGUGCGAAGUAAUGGCCAUUGUUUGGAUAACCAGCGAGACUUGCGAAGAAGCGAAUACGUGCCCUAGAAUUUUGCAUAAAAUUAGGAACAAUACAACGAAUACAAAUCUGCAAGAUACGAUUGAAAUAUAUUCCUUACAAAUGUAUCACAACCGAUUGUAUUUCACAGUUUGUGGACUAUUUCCGCUAGAUUACACCCUACUCUACACAAUUGUAGCCGGCGUAACGACCUAUUUAGUGAUCUUGAUUCAAUUUAACAAUUCUGAUUUCUUGCUGAAGAAUUCAACAAGCACCGAAUUUGACAACACGACGGAGAGUUAUUAA